AUGCCGGGCAUUGCGGCGUUUGAUGGCAUCACAACGACGGCGAUUGAGCCAAGGAGGCGGUCCUGGCCGAUCGCCGCGGGGCUGCUGCUUCUGGCGCUGCCAACCCUGGCCCUGGCUGCCUUUGUCAUCGCGCAGCAGCGCGCGAGCAAUCGCCGGGCAAAAUCCCGGCCUCCCCGGCCGCUCCCAGAAGAGCACCAUGCCUGUAGCGCGCUCGUCGGCGCGCAUGCCUUUGUUCUGAACCUGGACCGGCGUCCUGAUCGCUUAAGGAACUUCUCGCAGUUCUUGUCGCAAGACUCCCCGUGGCUUUUCGACAAGACCUGCCGCGUGAGCGCGCCGGAUGGGCGUGCCUUUGGCCCACACCUGAAGUCGAACCUUGUGGCCGACAACUUGUGGCGGGACGCGCAGUUCCGCACCCGGCAGCGGGUGCCGACGCUGGGGGGAGAUCUGACCAGCGGGGCGGUGGCGUUGAUCAUGGGCCACGCCCGGGUUUGGGAGCAGAUCUUGCAGAGCGGGGCGGCCUGGGGCAUCCUCUUCGAGGAUGACAUCCACUACCUGCACCCGGAUUUGCAGAACUUCCUGUGCCAGCUGGGGGACACUCUGCCCGCGCCAGGCGAGGAGUGGGACUACUUGCAGCUGCAGGGCGGUUGCAGCCUGCAGGGCCCGAGGCUGCAAGUCCGGCCGGGCACCAACUGGAACACCGGCAUGUACAUCAUCUCGCGCCAGGGAGCGAAGCGUGCCCUACAGGCGUACUUCCCGCUGCCUCCCGGGCAGCUGGACAACCCCGAGGGCUUUCUGCGGGCCCACCUGCGGGGGCACCUCACCUGCCCCGAGGCGGCCAAGCAGCCGGGCUCGUUGCAGGACACCGACGUGCAGAUCCCCAACAGCUUCCUGGCCCAACCCCUGGUUCAGGACUGCGCGCCUUUGGCGAAGGACCAGAUGGUGCACCCGGACCUCUUGCACCCGGAAGUGGAGUCCCUGGACGCGCGGUCGGAGGGGGCGGAUGGGGCGGAUGGGUCGGGUGGAGAGGGUGCCGUACGUAACGGAUGGCGCACCGCGUGUCGCCCAGCGGUGAUUGAUGAAGAAAAGCCACCGACCGGAAAAGUGAUCUCAGAUGCCAAGGCGUCAAGUGCUUUCCCAGUUGCCAUGACCUCCCUGGACGAACAGGUCCAAGAGAUGUCGGAGCGGCGUCAGCGGCGCCUCAAGCGGUUGCGGGCAGAAAAGGAAGAGAUCCAAGCAGCGCUUCGGGAGAGCCGUUUGAAAGUACGGCAGCUCGAGGCGGCGCAGGUGCUCUUCACGGCCCCCGAGGUGGAAAACACCGAGCUGUGCUUGUCGCCAGCAUCGUCCACGUGCGACCCCGAACCCCAGCGCUUCUGCGUGCAGGAGGGCCCGGCGGCGGCGCAGAACUUGCUGCGCUGGCGGCAGCUGAGGCGAGUGCUGCAAGGUCACCAAGAGACCUUGGAGCACGAGAAGUCCAUGUGGCAGACAGUGCUGCAGCAACAGGAGGAAGAUGGGAAGCAGCUGAGGCAACGCGUUGCAGAGGCGCAGGAGAUGCAGCAGCUGACGGAGAGCCGGGUGCAGAACCUCAUGGAUCUCAUGGUGGCCUUGCUGUCGCCCGGCUACUCCCCUGAGAGCCAGCAGGAGCUCGUGCAGUCCAAAUACCUGGCAAUGGUCCAGGAUCUGGACGUUCACUGCAGCCGUGUGUCUGAGAGGGUCGCUGCCUUCCAGACGGCCCUGGAGGGGGAGCGCGGCGAGAACUGCUGCAGGGCCCUCCAGCUCUGCGACCAGCAGCGCCGGACGACCAGGCUUCACGAAGUGCUUUGUCAGCUGCAAAGCGAGCUGUUUCAGACACGUCGUGAUGCCGGUAAAAGAACCGCCGAUGCUCCAACGGAGACGGCCGGGAAGCAAGAGAUCCCUCUUGGCUCCUCAGGCAGCGCGCAGACCAACGGCACACUGCCAGCAAGCCAUCCUGUGGCUCUGGGAGUCAGCCAGGACACCGCUGUGGAGACACACUCCGCCGACGCGGCCGACCCCAAAGCCGCCGCGGCGGAGGUCUCGCGCGCUCCGCCGGAGCCGAGCCCGGCGCCGGCGGUGACGCCGGUGACGCCUGUCAACCCGGAGCGCGGAAGCGAGAGAGACCGGGUGGAGAGCGCCAUGCGGGAGAUCCUGGAGGAGCUCCGGUUCGAGCACCUGGUGAUGCGGUGCCAGGGCUGCUACGAGUUCGGUGCCUUGGCCCGGGCGCAGCUGCGCAUGGAUAACGACACCCUCACCGCCUCGGUGGACGGCGUGAUGUACGAGCCCUUCAAGGAGUUCAUCUGCAAGCUGCAGGCCUCGACGACCUCGUCCCGGCGCAACUCGAUGAGCCGAGAGGAUCCCGUGGCUCUGGAGGCGGAAGCCUUGCGACCGGAGGAGCAGAGCCCGUCGCAUGCGCCUGAGCGAGGCGCAUUGAGAACUGCUUCCAAAGGAGCAAGCUCAAGCCCAAGCCGGCCCCGGUCCAAGGAAAGAAGAGGGGUCGCUGAGAAAGGGCCGGCAUCUGGCCAAGGUGCCACUUUAUCCCGGGCAAGCCAGGCUGCCAAAGCAGCGCCUCGGAAGAACGGCACCCCCCGGGCAAAGGAGAAUGGAAUUCUGAAGCCUCCCGCUCGCGUAGGAAUCCCACCCGGUCCAAAGUUGACAAGAAAGGUGUGGAUCCGGCCACUCCGGUGCGCAACGGAGGCGUGAGCUCACAUGCAUGCUCCACAUCUGAAGGGCUCUCGCCGUCGAACCACAGCGGCCAGCUCUCCAGAAACGCUAGCUCCACCGCGGGAAGCUGCGUAGUGGGGAGCAGCCUCACCAACCCAGCCGCAUCCAGUACGCCUGCGUGCUCACCGUCGAUGCCAAAGCGUGCAGAGCAGAGCUUCCCAGGCUACCCAAGCCCCAGAAUGGCCUGCGUGUCGCCCCCGCGGGCGCGCGAGGUGCGGGCGAUGACGCCGCAGCCGCCGCGGGCGGCGUGCGCUGCGACUCCUCGCUCCUUCGUUCCCUCGCCGCCCAAGACACCGCUCUACACGCAGGCCAGCUCUCCAACGAGCAUGCCGGCGCACUACGUCAUGCUGCCAGAAGGUUUCCACACCGUCCCUCGCCAGGCAUCCCUUGUGAGGUAUGCGCAGGCGCAGGUCACCCCGCGGCGGCACGAAGUGGACCUGUCCCAGAGCUGGUACACGCCACGGUCACCGGUGCAGCACGAGACGCCGGUGAGGCAUCGGCCAGUGCAAGCGCCUGUGAGCUUCGUGAGUCACCCCAUCCAAAGAGGCAGAGCUGCCUCUACAUCGCCCGUGCGCUUCGUGCGGCCACCAGUGCCGGUGCUGGGCAGGUGAACUCAGAUGGUCGGCGAAAUGCGCCAGCCAGAUUUUCCUGGGGAUGGUGUGGGUUCAAUAGUGCUGUCUGGAUUGUGGUACAGUAUGGUCGCUCAAGGCGGCGAGUUUGUGAGUGACAGAUGUGCUUUCAGUUGCAGGACAAUUG